CUACUACCUAAAGCUUCCUUUCUUCACUAAAAUUAAUUAAUAGUGAACAUGUGGCAUUCAGCUACUGCGCAUGCUCAACUUCUUAUUCUGGGUGGACUUUUAAUCGAGUGAAAAUACCACUUCGAAGCAAAAGAGGGGAUGGGCGUUUAUUCAUUUUCGCGAAGGUAAUUGUACUUGUGGUAAGGGGAACUCUCUGGGAAACUCCCUGGUGCUUUUCAUGAAAUACCGUAGAUCUACUUGUGGUACAUGGUAGGGGGAACACUCAGGGAAACACCCUUGCCACUCUCAGCAUAAAUACACUGCAUCAGAACCUACAUGAACACAACUGUUUCUCUACAACUAAGAAUCAAGUGAAACAUUAAAAAAGUAGACAUGAGAGGCUACUUCAGCUACAUUAUUGUGCUGGCAGUCAUCACGACCUUGCAGUCAGCAAAAGCUGUUACAUUCAAUGCUAGGAAUCUGAGGUUGAAGCAGUCUCCACCAGGACCUACACUAAUGAUUAAGCCUGGACGAAAGACAAAAAUGACAUUGCAAGUCUCUUCAAACGAGCCUCAAUUCGAAGUAUUUCGCUUGGCAGUUCGUCUUGGAUCAACUCAAAUCCAGAGAAAUAAAAAAAACCGUAAUAUCACAGUAAUCUACAACAGCUGCACAGACAGCGACGAUCCCCAAUGGAGCUGCAAAGAAGUCCGAAUCACUCUUAGACAGAGAAUAAAAGAACUAGGCUUUCAGCAAAUGUCAUUUGACUUAUACAACACAACUGAGUCCCUCCACAAUCUCACCGUGAUUGGCCUUUUUUCUGCUCGAGAGUCACCAACACGUCUCAGCACCACAAUUAUGGCAACCCCAAGUGAGGACACUACCAGCACCACCUCUGAACAGCCUGGAAGCACCGAAUCACUCAGAUUCUUAGGUCCUGUCACUGCAUUGUCGCUGGUGAUCGUGGUCUUAGUCGUUCUCGUUUUAGUCCUGUUAUGUGUGUGUUAUCAAAACUCAAGAACGAUCAAAUCUCUAAAACAAGGAGAAUCCUAACAAGCGGUUAUCGAUAUGGUUGGAUUGCCUACAUCGGAAUAAGCGACUGGAGAACCCCUUCAAUACAUAACAAUGUUGAACAACAGUGAGACUGAGAUCAAUAUCAGGGACCGAAUUUCAAUUGAGAACAGAACGAAGCCCACAAGCAGUGAAGCGAAGUGUUGCUAUGUACGUCAUCCCUGAGGCUCAAUUUAAACUGAUUAACUAUAGCCUAAGUAUAUAGCUAUGUCUGUUACUCUGACAUAUAUACGCGGAACACACUUCCUUGUUUUGUUUACAAGCAUAACAUAAUUAUUGUUGAUUGAUGAAUGGCUAAACUAAUUAGUCGAAUAGAAACUUCAAAUGAACAGACUUUGCUUGG